UCUUUCUAAUGUAUUCCACACCUUCAUCUUUGAGGUUGUCUUUCAUUUGAGGUUGUCUUCUUCUCUUUUCCCACCGAUACCAUUCUCAGAUCUCAUUGGACAGGGGCAGUGCGCGUUAGGGUUAGGCUCUUAGCUCACCCCAGUUCAAUGGAAGAGAUUACAGAUGGAGUGAACGCAAUAAACCUGGCCGGAGAAUCCCACAAGAAGAACCGGAUCCAAGUCUCCAACACCAAGAAACCCUUAUUCUUCUACGUUAAUCUCGCCAAGAGGUAUAUGCAACAGCAUAACGAGGUUGAGCUUUCCGCCCUUGGAAUGGCUAUUGCCACAGUUGUUACCAUAGCAGAAAUUCUGAAAAAUAAUGGACUGGCUGUGGAGAAGAAGAUCAUGACCUCGACUGUCGAUAUUAAGGAUGACUCAAGGGGGAGACCCAUCCAAAAAGCAAAGAUUGAAAUAUUGCUGGGGAAGACUGAAAACUUUGAUGAAUUGAUGGCAGCUGCUGCAGAGGAAAGGGAUGCUGGAGAUGUUGAAGAGCAAAGUUAAAAGGGUGUUGUUUUGUAGUGUCUGGUUUGGUUUGUUUUCAUAUUUUAUUUCUGGAAGCUGCACUAAAUCAGUUGAUUUUAUUUACUGGAGAAUUUGUAGGAAUCUAAGAGUGCUAAGAGUGUGGUCCUAAUGAUCUUGUAACAAUGAAAAUUUUGUGUUAAGAGUGUAGAAACUAAAUCUAAUUGCUACUGAAAUUUUUUGCCUAUCUGAAAUUUCUAAUUUCUAAUUGGUAAUGAUCAUUUGAUUUUCCUAUUAGAAAUUGUGGCUUCUAUUUUGCUAAACAUAUACAAUGUGAUGUUGUUUGGAAUAGGCAUAAUAGUUGAAUGAUAUUGUUGUUGAUUUUUUGUUUAGAAUAGGCGUCGUAGUUGAAGGAUUGCUGUUGAAUUUUUCUUUACUUUGCGAGCUCUACAUAAAGAUAUGGACGUAUGGCAUUGUAAAUACAUGUGUGGAGGUAAAUGAGAAAGCACGAAGACUUUGCUUUUUGCUCCUAUAUUCUGUAUGCUUUCAUCUCAGGCUUUUACAUGCCACUGUAAACCAAAUUUCACAUUUGGCUGGUAAGGCGAGGAAAGCAGAGAGGAUGUCAGAUCAACUAGCGUAUUCCAGACCGGAGUUUGAUUUAUUUAUUUAUUUUCGUCAAUUUGCUAGUGCUUGUAAUGAUAAGAUGAUCUUGUAGAUCAGUAUAGAAUUUGAUUUUUAUGGCGUA